AUGGCUCCUGUCUGUGUUUAAUUGUGUGCUCGUGUGUGUGUGAACUGUGAACGUGUGUGAGCGGUGCGUGCACGCGCAUCAGUGUGAGCGCAGGUUACUAUAGUGAAUGAAAUUAUACGGUGUCCCAGAUGUAAAAUCGUGCCGAGCGCUUGCGAAGGGUGUCGGAUAGUUAUCACAGGAUGUUCUCGUUUAAUGAUUUAUGGCACCGGCCACCACCGAACACAAAGUGCCCCAAUGUUUGUGGAGACCAAGCGGGCUGGAAGAAUAAUCCCCAGUGGCCAAGUGACCCAGUUCUACCGCGCACUCUGGACUACACUCUGGAGUUUGCGCGCAUGGCAUUUUAAUAAUUGAAACGAGGGAGCAGGGGGGCUUUAUUGUGGUAGAGACAAUAACAGAUAUAAUAUUAACGAAGAGUUCCGCUCCACUGGUACUGGCCUGUGUGUGUGUGUGCCACAGUGCAAGUGCGUGCAUUGUGAAUAUCCCAUGUAGGGUAUUCGUGUCCCACUGAGCCUGUAGGGUGUGUCUGUCCGUGUGAUAUGUGCAUGUGUGUUUGUGUGGUUUCAGAUGGAUGUUUUGUCCUUUUAUGAACGUUUCUAAUUUGUGCAGCUAUAUAUAGAGCUAUGCCAAGUCAUUCAUUACAAGAGAGACAGGGAUUUCCCCGUGUGUUCGUGUAGGUUUUGUGCCAGAGAGAAACUAUCCCAAAAAACAACUAAUUUGCAAUAUUCAGAAGAUUUUUAUUAAUAAUUUCAUUUGGUCGAUCAGUUCUAGAAAAUGCACAGUGAUGAACAAGCAAUUGCAAAGUGUGAUUCUUUAAUCAGUCAACAGAUUCUAGGCUGUCACUAAGGGUCAGUACACAGGAAAGCUUACUCAACCCCUCACAUCCUCAUGUAAAUGCAGAUGCUUCCCAUUUAAGCAAGAACUAAAAAUAUGAAACACUUUGGUCAUAGAUCAGCUCAUGCAGCCACAAAUCGCAGGGCUCACAUAUCUGAUCACAGCUGAAUCUAAUCACAAACAGAACACAUGUUCAGCUGUGUGUCCAAGAGCAAGGUUGACAAACAAUAAAGACAGCUUCUGGUUGUGUUGGAAUGGGAAGUAACAGCAGCCUGUUAAGUGCAGUCUCCCUCAGUUCAGACACCAGAGCAGUAAAUAUGCUGCUAAGCAGGUAUUUUACAAAAUGUUUUAUGUUAACGUGCCUGAACAGAGUCCUCUGUGCUGCUCCCUAAAAGAUCAUAAAGCCCUGUAUGCCCGCAUGACUUGAACUGAGGUUUUGGUUACAGGAAAAAAAACUGUCUGUGAGUGGACAUGAAACAAAAGGGAGGAAGGAACACAGGCAGGAUUUCAUAUCACAUAAACAAUGGAGGUUAAUUUGUCCAGUAACUCUCUCACUCUUGCCACUCCCUAACCAUCUAAUCAGGUGAUCGCAUGAAGGCGUGGCAUUGAAAACGCUUUCCUUUUCCACCACCUUUUCCUUCUUCUUCCUUAUUGGAAGAAAUCAGUUGUUGAACUCUCGUAGCAGUGGAUUGCACAAACUGAAUCAACAUGGUUGUCCUUGGGGGAAUCAAGUGUGUGAAAUAUCUCAUGUUUGUCUUCAACUUUUUCUUCUGGCUUGCAGGCACUGCUGUGUUUGCUAUAGGCCUGUGGCUCAGGUUAGACCAAAAAACCAAAGGCCUAUUCGAAGGGCCAGACUCUCCACAUCUGUUUUAUACAGGUGUAUAUAUCCUGAUAGGAGCCGGAGCACUAAUGAUGGUGGUGGGUUUUCUGGGAUGUUGUGGAGCCAUCCAGGAGUCGCCCUGUAUGCUGGGACUGUUCUUCUUCUUCCUGCUUAUCAUAUUUGCCGUUGAAGUAGCAGCUGGAAUCUGGGGAUUUUCCAAUCAAAGCAAGGUGGUGAAUGACAUUACCAACUUCUAUGCACAGACGUACAACAACUACAAGGAAACAGGAGAUGAACGCCUACAAGAGACACUGCGGCUGAUUCACACCGAGCUGAACUGUUGUGGUCCAAAGGGUAUGAGCGAAGAAACUUCCAAAGAGAUUUGUCCCCGAGGAGAACUACUUGAGGAGUUACUUGUUAAGAGCUGUCCUGAUGCCAUUGAUGAGGUGUUUGACUCCAAGUUGCACAUCAUAGGCGGUGUGGGCAUCGGCAUUGGCGUUGUUAUGGUGUUUGGGAUGAUCUUUAGCAUGCUCCUGUGCUGCGCCAUCAGGAAGUCUCGGGAGGUGGUGUGACACCCACCUAAAGUCCUUGUUAAUGUUGCAUGAUGUCAUUCCUGGAGUCGCAUGACUCUCCACUGCCAAUAGAAACACUGCUUGUUCAAAGGGGGAUAACUUAAGCAAAGCUGGGUGCAGAUAUUUCUGAUUUCAUACUACAUCAGUUCUAACUGUGCUGCUGUCACUUAUGCCCACCUUCCUGGACUAGAUAGAUGCGAUGUGGUUGUUAGGCCCAACUAUAGAAUGGGUGUCAUCUGUGCUUCAGUGGCAAUGUAGUUCAGAAAUGUGUAAUUUUGUGGCAAUUUGACUGAAAUUAGUGUUUGUGAACUGCUAAUUAUCUAAACAAAAGAUCAUACUAUUGUAUAUUGAUCACAUUUCUAUUGCUAUCACUUGGGGUCACCUACCGACAAGAACAGUCAUAGUCCAGGGCUGAAAAAAAGGCCAACACCACCACUUCAGCACAAAUCAGCAGUAGCCAAUGAAUACAGUUCCUUUUUCUUACAACACAGAAGUAAAAUCAUGGUGACUAGUAGCCAACUGAAUGCCGAGCUGUAAACUAUGACUGUGGUUUUACCCAGCUUGGUAUUAGCGUAGCAUUUAGAUUCCUUCAAUGUAAAGUUGUUUCAUUUCUUUCUAUAACCAUCUCCUAAUUUGCCCUUGUUUAAAACGCCUUUUGAUUUUUUUUGUAAAUGUCUUCUUUUUUAUUCGUAAGAUUUCUAAUGUUAGCUGUUUAUAUGGUACAUGCAGUUUGACAAUGUAUUUUAUAAUGUCCUGUUCAUUUUACAGAGAUUGGAUUGAUUUACACCAUAUGCACUGUUUCACAGAGACAAUAAUUAUAUGAGAGCCAAAUAAAGUAAAAUAUACUCA